UGAAAAAUAAAAUAAAUGAAAUUAAAGAAAAAUAGUGGUAAAUUAGAAAGAAUUUGUGCUAAAAUACUACAUUGACGUCAAAUAAAAAGAUUACAAUGUUCUUUAAAUGCGAACUCAUCGGGUUUAUUAUUUUAUUAUCUUCUAUUAGCAUCUCACAUACAUUAGAUUCUUAUAAAGCCAAUAACAGCUCGAAUUACAAUGCAAACUUCCCGCAUCCAUGUAAGAGAAAAUGUGUUAAAAAUUCCAAACCAAUGGAAUGUAAAUUCACCUUUAAUGUAGAAUGGUACCAAACGAUGUCAAAAGCUUGUCAUAAUUGCCCACAUCAAAUCGAAGACUGUUUCCUCACCGAUUGUAUACCAGGCGAUGGAAGUUACAGAAGCGUGUUGGUAAUCAACAGGAUGUUACCAGGGCCAAAAAUUGAAGUUUGUUAUGGUGACGAAAUCGUUGUAGAUGUACAAAAUGAAUUAAUUGAUUCAAGCACAACGAUACAUUGGCAUGGACAUCCUCAAAGGGGUACUCCAUACAUGGAUGGUGUACCCUACGUUACCCAAUGUCCGAUCCAACCAGGUACCACAUUUCGAUAUCGCUUUCCAGCCAACAUCGUAGGUACACAUGUGUGGCAUUCACAUUUAGGUAUGCAAAGAACUGACGGGGCUUUUGGCGCUAUAAUAGUUCGAACGCCAGACGAUAUAAAUCCCCACAAAGAUCUUUACGAUUAUGACGAACAUUCCAUUUUGAUAACCGAUUGGAUGGAACACACUGGUUUACACAAGUUUUUGUCUCAUUACCAUAGUAUUGGGGAUAAUAAACCAACCUCUAUCCUAGUGAAUGGCAAGGGCAAGUAUUUAAGAUUCAGUCAAAAAGAUGGUACAGAAGUUUUUACACCAAUUGAACGAUUCGUUGUUAAAAAGGGUUUCAAAUAUCGUUUCCGAUUAAUUAACGUUUCUUUUAUGAAUUGUCCAAUUGAAAUGUCAAUCGAUGGACAUAGUUUUAGGGUUAUUAGUACAGAUGGACACGAUGUGGAAGCCAUAGAAGCCGAGAGCUUAGUUAGCUAUGCAGGUGAGCGUUUUGAUUUUAUAUUAAACGCUAAUCAAACUGAAGGAUUAUAUUGGAUAAAAUUUCGUGGAUUAAUGGAUUGCGAUGAAAGAUUUACUAGUGCUUAUCAAGUAGCUGUAUUACAAUAUUCAAAUUCAUCAAGUGUUGAUUUUCCCGAAGGAGAUGUUGAUUAUCAAAAGACAUUAAGAAAAGGAUUGCAAUUGAAUUCAUUAAACAAAGGCUUAGAAACGGCGGACAUAAUCAGCAUUCCUCAAUUAAAAUCAUUAAACGAACCAGAUUUAUCGUUAAAACCGAUUCCGGAUUUCCAAUACUUCGUUUCCUACGAUUUUUAUAAAAUAGACAACCCACAUUUUCAUAAAAAUGGACUUUACGGUUUCAAUGAAGUGACUAACAAUUUGAAUAAAGUGUUAACGCCACAAUUAAACCAUAUUACUAUGAAAAUGCCAUCGACUCCUCUUUUACAAAACAGACACAGGUUUAAACCUGAUAUGUUUUGUAACGAGACGACCGUAAAGAAAUGCGAUAAGGAUUUUUGUGAAUGUACACAUGUGAUAAAGAUUCCAUUAGGAAACGUUGUAGAACUAAUUUUAAUUGACAAAGGUUUCGCGUAUGACGCAAACCAUCCGUUCCAUCUCCACGGAACCUCUUUUCGCGUGGUAGGAAUGGAACGAAUCGGACAAAAUGUCACCGUCCAGGAAAUAAUGGACAUGGAUAAGCAAAAUUUGUUAAAAAGAAACUUAAAAGAUCCACCGAUUAAAGAUACAGUUACAACUCCGGAUGGAGGCUACACGAUUUUACGUUUUAUAGCUGACAAUCCCGGAUUUUGGCUUUUCCAUUGUCACAUUGAAUUCCAUUCGGAAGUUGGAAUGUCCAUGGUUUUCCAAUUUGGCGAGAUACAUGAAAUGCCACCUGUUCCAAUUGAUUUCCCAAAUUGUGGAAAUUAUCUUAAUAGUCCGAUCAGUCAGUUUAAUGAACCACAGGAAUUAGCUUCCUUUAAUCAAUCUGAAAGUGGAACUGAUCAUCCAUGGUGGUAUUCAGUAUUUAGUGGUAACGAAAAAAGUGUUAAAGUUAACGUUUUUGUAACGUUUUCGGUGAUCUUUUUAAAGUAUUUAUGUGUUUAAAUUUAGGAUUGUAUGUAAUGAUACGUAUAAAGAAGUCAAAUGUAUCUUUAUUUAUUCUGA